UCAUUCCAUUGGUUCACCAUCUGUGAAACAACAUGUCUCUGAGGGGUUUGAUUGUGGCAGCUGUUGCAUUUGCAUGUGCCUCAGCCGAUUUACGUCCAUCCUAUGGGCCUCCUGCACCAGCCUAUCACGCUUCUGCUCCUGUGGGUCCUGCUCAGUACAACUUCCACUACGCCGUGAAGGACAACCACUCCAAAAACGACUUCGGCCAUCAGGAAAACAGAAAUGGAUACGACACCAAAGGAACUUACUACGUGGAGCUUCCCGACGGCCGUCUGCAGAAGGUGACUUACUACGUCAACGGUGACUCAGGGUAUGUGGCCGAGGUGUCCUACCAGGGAGAAGCUUACUACCCACAGCCCGCCAAAGGAUACCCACCGGCUCCUCAGGUCGGCUACGUCUAAAUCGAUUCCUUUGACCCCGAAUGCUAUCUCCACUUUCCUUUCUUUCUCUUCUUUACGAUGUUAAUUUAUAUUUCAUGGACAUGGCAGUUAUCAAACAAUAAAA